AUGUCAGAUGCCUCGCGCGAGACCUCGCGUGAAGCCAGCACUUCCCCCAAACGUCCAGAGGCCAAUCCCGCCUAUGAAACACAGCCAGUCGCCAACCGUCUGGAAACCUGGUUCCGGGAGAAUGGAGGCUGGUUAAGUUCUGACGUGAAGAUUGUGUACAGCGGCUCGCGUGGCUUCCACAUUCGCGCCCUCAGGGCAUUGACUUCCCCCAUUGUGGUAACAUGCCCUUUACCGCUUACACUCUCCUACCUCAGCCUUGAUCCCACACAGUCGGCCGUACCCCACGUCGACAGCCCACUCCGGAAGUGUUUGGGACGCAUACCCAACCAUGUACUGACGUACCUUCUUCUGAUCGAGCAGCGCUAUCUUGUUGGAAAGGAGCAAUCGCCAUGGAAGGAGUACCUCGCUUGCCUUCCAGAGCCGGAGGCCAUGACGACGCCUCUCUGGUUCGAUGAAGACGACAUGAGGCGCCUCUCAGGUACCAGCAUGGCGAGGGCGACGAAAGACAAGCGGGAGGAGCUGAGGAAGGAGUGGGAGCAAGCAACGGACGUCAUGAGGCAGGCUGACGCGACCAUGGCUGACAAGUUCGACUUUAAAUGCUUUGUUUGGGCUGCAACUAUUAUAUCCUCGAGGUCCUUCAUCUCGACCCAUAUUCUCCCAAGCCAAGACACAUUCCCGAUAUUGUUCCCGGUAAUCGACAUCUUGAACCAUACAGUCGAGGCCAAGGUAGAAUGGGACUUUCACCCCCUGCAGGACUUCAUAUUGAAGGUCGUCGAUCCUGAAGCUGUGCGUCCGGGAGAUGAAAUUUUUAACAACUAUGGCCCCAAACAGAACGAUGAGCUGCUUCUGGGCUAUGGAUUUUGCAUACCGGAAAAUCCGGUCGACCAAUUCACUAUUAAGGUGGUGCUCCCGCCGUCCGUCGAGGAUGCAGCAAAGCAAAUGGGCCUAUUCGAACCCAACAACAUACCCUUCGGCAUGGGCCCCUCUUUCCUAGACGGCGACCCAAAGCAAGAGCAGCAUGCCCUACGUCCCAAAGGCCAUCCAUUUGGCCGCUACGAGAACUACGUACUCUGGCUCCGAGGAAUACCUCCGUACGUUGUCCACGUGUUCUAUGUUCGAGCUCUGAUGAACCUCAACAUGCAUCCAAAGGACGUCGAUAUGCAGCGCCCGGCAGCCAGGGUCGUUCUCGAAGUCCUACUACUACUAUACGAAGCCAUUGACCAGAGGAGUCAGACCCUGCCCCUCGCAGAUGCGCCUCCACAAACAUUCCCAAACGACAAGCAGAAAUACGCAACCAUCUACCGCGACGGCCAAGCCAACAUCAUUCAUUCUAUCCGCACCGAACUCGCCACCGUCCUCAACCGCCUCCGCGUAUCCUCUCAGAUCCCUCCCCCCGAACCCGUCAUCAUCACCACAACCGAAGCCCUGAUCACACUCUCCGCCGACUUACCCGCCCACUUCUCGCACUUCAAAGCCGGUCUC